AUAUUAGGAGAGCAAUUAUUGAGAUAACGACAAUUUCUAUGACAAUUUUUGGUUCAGCGUUGUUCAUUUGGCAAGUGAAGAAGGGAAGAAAUAAGAGAAAAGGGCAAGACCUACUAACAUUUGAUGUUACAAUGAGUCCAGCACAUGCCGAAAACAAACAAUCUAAACCAAGACGACAGGUAGAACAUGAAAAGGAAGUGGAAAUUCCAUUGUUCAGUUUUUCAAGCGUAUCCGCUGCAACAGAUAACUUCUCCUUCUCAAAUAAACUUGGAGAGGGUGGUUUUGGCCCUGUUUACAAGGGAAAAUUACUGAAAGGGGAUGAUGUAGCUGUUAAAAGGCUGUCGAGAAAAUCUGGGCAGGGUUGGGAUGAGUUAAAGAACGAAGCAAUGCUAAUCGCCAAACUCCAACACAAGAAUCUUGUGAAGCUUCUUGGUUGCUGCAUUGAAGGGGAUGAAAAGAUUCUAAUCUACGAAUAUUUGCCCAACAAGAGCUUAGACUCUUUCCUCUUUGCUACCAAUGCAAUCUUCACUCUACCAUGGGAAACUCGAGUUCGAAUCAUCCAAGGGAUUGCUCAAGGCCUUCUUUAUCUCCAUGAAUAUUCCAGGGUUCAAAUUAUUCACAUGGAUUUGAAGUCCAGCAACAUUUUGUUGGAUGAGUAUAUGAACCCGAAAAUUUCAGACUUCGGGAUUGCCAGAGUUUACGGAGGCACACAACAAGAAGCAACCAAUCCUAUUAUUGGAACUUAUGGUUACAUGGCUCCGGAGUAUGCUUCGGAAGGCGUCUUCUCAGUGAAAUCAGAUGUAUUCAGCUUCGGAGUUUUGUUGUUAGAGAUUUUAAGUGGCAAAAAGAACACCCGUCUCUAUCUCGGCAAUUCUGUCAAUCUUAUUAGAUAUGCAUGGGAUCUCUGGACAAGCGAUAAGCCAUUGGAGUUGAUGAGCACUGACCUGCAAGGUAAGUAUUGUCCAAAUGCAGCUAUUAGAUACAUCAAUACUGCACUCCUUUGUGUUGAGGACCGAGCAGCCGACAGGCCGACCAUGUUGGAUGUUGUCAUGAUGUUGAACAACAAACUUGCCAUAAUACGUUCUCCGGUGCUACCGGCUUUCUCGAAUGUCCGAAGUGGAUUGGAUUUGAGUCAGAGUAAGCAAGAGAUAUCCGAGAAUAAACUAACAGUGUCGGUGGUUGUCCCUCGAUGA